AUGGAGCCCAUUGCUCGGAAGCCCGAGCUGGCCUUCUUGAACAAGAUGGAGCCGCGUGUGCAAUCGACCCCGAGUCGCUCGAUGCUGCGCUCGGCACCCGCCGACGAAAUGCACGACCUGCUCUGCGUCGGCUUCGGUCCAGCCUCCCUCGCAAUUGGUAUUGCGCUCAACGACGCCAUGGACCCCGCGCUGGGCCGCGCCACACCCAGCAACUUCAAGCCCAAGGUCUGCUUCCUCGAGCGUCAGAAGCAGUUCGCCUGGCACUCGGGCAUGCUGGUCCCUGGCUCGCGCAUGCAGAUCUCCUUCAUCAAGGACCUGGCCACCCUCCGCGAUCCCCGCAGCAGCUUCACAUUCCUGAACUACCUGCACCAGAAAGACCGUCUGAUCCACUUCACCAACCUGGGCACAUUCCUGCCUGCGCGCAUGGAGUUUGAGGAUUAUAUGCGCUGGUGUGCGCAGCGCUUCAAUAAUGUCGUGUCGUACGGCGAGGAGGUCGUCGAGAUCGUCCCCGGCAAGGAGACCAGUGGUGUCGUCGAGUACUUCGUGGUGAAGUCGCGGAAUACCGAGACCGGUGAGAUCACCUCGCGCAGAUCGCGCAAGGUGGUCGUCGCCCUCGGUGGCAAGGCCAAGAUGCCGCCCGGUUUCCCCCAGGAUCCCCGCAUCAUGCAUUCCUCCAAGUACUGCACCACUCUUCCCAAUGUGCUGAAAAACGAGUCCGAGGCCUAUAACAUUGCCGUUGUCGGUAGUGGCCAGAGUGCCGCUGAGAUCUACCACGACCUGCAACGGCGGUAUCCCAACUCGCGCACUACCCUGAUCCUGCGGGAUUCGGCUCUGCGUCCCAGUGAUGAUUCUCCUUUUGUCAAUGAAAUCUUCAACCCCGAGCGUGUGGACAAGUUCUUCAACAUGUCUCCCGCGGAGCGCAACCAGCGCAUCAUGACCGACAAAGCCACCAACUACAGUGUGGUCCGCCUGGAACUCAUCGAAGAAAUCUACAACACCAUGUACCUGCAGCGGGUGCGGAACCCCGACGAGUCGCAGUGGCAGCACCGCAUCCUGCCGGAGCGUCGUGUGGCCCGCAUCGAGCACCACAACCCGGCCCAGCGUAUGCGCGUCCACGUCAAGUCCGUCAAGGAUGAGAGUGCCGAGGGCAAGGAAGUCCUGGAGGUCGAUGCGGUCAUGGUGGCUACGGGCUACCAGCGCGAUGCACACGAGCAGCUGCUGGAACAGGUGCGUUCUCUGCGGCCUGCGGGUCAGGCGGCAUGGAACCCUAGCCGGGAUUACCGGGUCGACCUGGACGCUAGCAAGGUCAGCGCCGAUGCGGGUAUUUGGCUGCAGGGCUGUAACGAGAAGACUCACGGUCUCAGCGACAGCCUGCUGUCCAUCCUGGCGGUGCGUGGUGGCGAGAUCGUCAACUCCGUAUUUGGUGAGCAGUUGUCCGGAGCCCUGGUGCAGGACACCCGGGUCCGCGCUAUGCUCUGA